AUGGAGGCAAUCAGGAAGCUCAGAGAUCAGGUCGCCAAGCAACAGCAGGCUGUGUUCAAACAAUUUUCUGGUGGCAUAUACGGGGGAUCGGAUAAUGUUGCCUCGGAUGAAAAUGAAUUUCAACAGCAUCAGAAACUCGAGAAGCUGUACAUAUCAACUCGUGCUGCCAAGCAUUACCAAAAGGAAAUUGUCCGCGGAGUGGAAGGUUACAUUGUGGCCAGUUCAAAGCACGGUGAAAUAGGUACCAAGCUAUCAGAAGAUCGCAGGAAAUAUGGUUCUGAAAAGACUUGCAGCAGUGGUAACACAUUGUCGAGAGCUGCACUGAGUUUUGGAAGAGCUCGCGCCCAACUGGAAAAAGAGUGCGGAGUUCUUCUUAAAGCCCUUGGCACACAGAUUCAAGUUGCAGAGCCUUUAAAAGCAAUGAUAGUGAGAGCGCCCUUGGAGGAUGCUCGACAUCUAGCUCAACGAUAUGCUAGAAUGCGGCGAGAAGCUGAAGCUCAGGUAUAUGCAGUUUCUUCUGUUUCCUACCAAUUUUAUACUACAGUGAUUUUAUAUGUUACAUGGUGA